GCAUAGGCCGAAGAGGGGAAAUUGCUGAGGAAUACAGAUUCUGCGAAUUUCAUUGUUUCGUAGCUGAAUGAGGAGACUGUUCCCGGUGGAAUUGUAGAAACCCCUAAGCAGCUCGUGUUCACCGUCAGGGCCCUGAUUUCCCAGCUUCCCGAAAUUGCUCAAGGAUUUACCCUGCAACAGAGAUUCAGCAGCUUGACAUUUGAAUCUGCAUUUGCUCCGCCACUUUCGUUUUCAUCCCAAUCCCUCCAGGUCCACUACUGCUUGGAUGAUUCUCUGUUGCUUAACUUUUGAAAUCUUCUAGGUUUCAACUUCUGUUGCACUAGUGGAACACUUUCUGUACUUUCUCCCUCAACCUAGCAAUGAAGUAGAACACUUAAUUCUUCUAGCCCCAAAAACCAAGUUGCUUUCUUUCGCCAAAAGCAGGGUGAAAAUUCUUACAUGACUGUAGGGGCACUCCUAACGUGAAGGAAAAUGUGCGAGAAGGACAUGGCAAGUUCGAGUGAGAUGCCGAAUGUACACAGCCAAAAACCAAUCUCCUUCAAUUCAUUGUACCAUCAGCUGCUUAAUCUGGAAAGGCCAUGCCCGGAAGACACAUGCGCUCUUUGUGACUGUGCACGAAUUAGGGAGCAACAUCGAAAGCUGGUAGAAGAAAAUAAUCGGUUGCUAGAGAAAAUGAAGGAACUCAUUGAAAGGGAAGCACGUAAGCAGGGAAUGCCACCAGAAGGAACUGUUGACCCGGUGGUUGAAGAAUGCAUGCAAUUCCUGCUAUCAAAAGGAUUUGACCCAAAGUUUGAGCAUAUCAUGCGAGCAGUAGUAGCAAAAGGAUCUACGCCAGAAGAGUUUCAAAUUUUCGUCCAGAAAAUGGUAGCAUCAGGAAAAGUUGACUCAAUGUUUGAACCAUUCAUGAUAAUUGAUAAAACCCGCCAGCUAUAGGAGCCAACCGUGACAGCUAGUUUGCCGUCGGAGACGCAGGCGACCUUGCGGUAGAGGUGACGCACUAUACCAUGAAGAAUGACCAUACUGGGGCUCUCUGUGGGCCUUUGUUGGAUGACUUUAUGCUGUUUAGCGCUCGUUACCCCAGGAAGUGUAAAUGUGCUGUACACUGUCUGGACUCUGGAGGAUUGAAAUAUGCAUGUACCCAGGUUAAUGGAUUGCUUCGGUUGUUUUUUCGCUUCGGUUUAGGUAGAGCGCCUCUCGUAUGGGCGCUCAUGGGAGAGCUUGAUAAGAAAUUUGAUAACGAGGCAAAUAUGAGUAUUCUAACAAUGCAAGAAACAAACGAAAAAGCGCACACACAACACAAGAUUUAUGUGGUUCACAAACACAAUGUAUAUUAG